CGCGCGCGGUGACGCCGCUCGCUGGCGGAGGGGGCGGCGCGGCCCCGGGGGCGCCGCGCGGAGCCCGAGCCGGAGCCGCCGCCGCCGCCCCCCGAGCCCAGCAUGGUGAUGGCCGAGCCCCGGCGGCCCCCGGCGCUGCUGCCCCGCGGGCUCGGGCCCGUCCGCGUCGGCUUCUAUGACAUCGAGGGCACGCUGGGCAAGGGCAACUUCGCGGUGGUGAAGCUGGCGCGGCACCGCAUCACCCGCAGCGAGGUGGCAAUAAAAAUCAUCGACAAAUCUCAGCUGGAUGCUGUGAACCUGGAGAAGAUCUACAGGGAGGUGCAGAUAAUGAAGAUGCUCGACCACCCACACAUCAUAAAACUUUACCAGGUGAUGGAGACCAAGAGCAUGCUGUACCUCGUGACGGAAUUUGCCAAAAAUGGGGAGAUUUUCGAUUACCUGGCCAGCCACGGGCGCCUGAGCGAGCCCGAGGCGCGGCGCAAGUUCUGGCAGAUCCUGUCGGCGGUGGAAUAUUGCCACGGCAGGAAAAUCGUGCACAGGGACCUCAAAGCUGAGAACCUCCUGCUGGACAGCAACAUGAACAUCAAAAUUGCAGAUUUUGGCUUUGGGAAUUUCUACAAGAGCGGGGAGCCUCUGACAACGUGGUGUGGGAGCCCCCCCUAUGCAGCCCCAGAAGUCUUUGAAGGCCAGCAGUACGAGGGACCCCAGCUGGACAUUUGGAGCAUGGGGGUGGUGCUGUACGUGCUGGUGUGUGGAGCUCUGCCCUUCGACGGACCCACCCUGCCCAUCCUGCGGCAGAGAGUGCUGGAGGGGAGGUUCAGAAUCCCUUAUUUCAUGUCAGAAGAGUGUGAGCACCUGAUCAGGAGGAUGCUGGUGCUGGACCCGUCCAAACGUUUGAGCAUUGCCCAGAUCAAGGAGCACAAGUGGAUGCUGGUGGAGGUCCCUGCCCAGAGGCCCAUCCUGUACCCGGCAGGGGAGGAGAACGAGCCCUCCCUGGGCCAGUACAACGAGCAGGUCCUGAGGCUGAUGCACAGCCUGGGCAUAGACCAGCAGAAAACCGUGGAGUCCCUGCAGAACAAGAGCUACAACCACUUUGCUGCCAUUUAUUACCUGCUGGUGGAGAGGCUGAAGUCGCACCGGAGCAGCUUCCCCGUGGAGCAGCGCGUGGACGCGCGGCAGCGCCGGCCCAGCACCAUCGCCGAGCAGACCGUGGCCAAGGCACAAGCCGUGGUCCCCUCGGUGAACCUGCACUCCCAAAAUCCAAGGCUGCUGCAGUCCCCAGGGCUCCCCUCGGCCUCAGGAGCAGAAAGUUUCUCCUUCCCUCCCUCCAGGUGCCAGGGAGAGGCAGCUUUUAUGGAGGAGGAGAGGGUUGAGACACCAAAGGUGAACGGCUGCCUGCUGGAGCCCGUGCCUGCCGUGGUGAUGAGGAAAGGAUGCCAAUCCCUGCCCUCCAGCGUGAUGGAAACCUCGAUUGAUGAAGGGAUAGAGGCAGAGGGAGAGGCAGAGGAGGAUCCAGCUCAAGCCUUCGCCGCCCUGCAGGCAGCACGAGGGGGGAAGAGGCGGCACACCCUGGCUGAGGUCACCAACCAGCUGCUGAUGGUGCCAGGCACAGGGAAAGUUUAUUCCUUGGACGAGAACUCCUCCCUGGGCAGCAUCGACUCCGAGUACGACAUGGGCUCCAUCCAGAGGGACCUGAAAUUCCUGGGGGAGACGCCGUCCCUGAAGGAGAUGGUGCUGAGCAGCCAGCAGCCCCCGAGGGUGACAUCCCCCUUCCUGGGGCUCAGGCCUGCCAACCCAGCCAUGCAAGCCCUGAGCUCCCAAAAACGGGAGGCCCACAACCGCUCCCCCGUCAGCUUCCGCGAGGGCCGCAGGGCCUCCGACACCUCCCUCACACAAGGAAUUGUAGCAUUUAGGCAGCACCUCCAGAACCUGGCACGAACCAAAGGAAUCCUGGAGCUGAACAAAGUGCAGCUGCUGUAUGAACAAAUGGGGCCAGAGGAAGAACCCGCUCUGACAUCAGCUGCCAGCCAGCUGCAGGACCUCAUCAGCAGCCCUGCACAGGAGGAAGGCUCUCAGCAGCAGCAGGAGGCUCCAGCAGCUUUCCCCAGCGGUGCUCACCCCCCGCUGCUGUCCCGGAGGCAGAGCCUGGAGACGCAGUACCUGAAACACCGACUGCAGGUACCCCUGGCAACCCUGCAGGUACCCCUGGCAGCCCUGCAGGUACCCCUGGCAGCCCUGCAGAAGCCCACUCUGCUCUCCAAAGCUCAGAACACUUGCCAGCUCUACUGCAAAGAACUGCCCCGGAGUCUGGAACAGCAGCUCCAGGAGCACAGGCUGCACCAGAAGAGGCUGAUCCUGCAGAAGCAGUCCCAGCUGCAGGCCUACUUUAACCAGAUGCAGAUCGCCGAGAGCUCGUACCCGCGGGCCAGCCCGCUGCCCCUGCCCUGCCCCGAGGAGCUGCAGCCCCAGCAGCAGCAGCAGCAGCAGCAGCAGCAGCAGCAGCAGCAGCAGCAGCAGCAGCAGCAGCCAGCCCAGUUCAGCCUGCAGCAGCCCCUGAGCCCCGUGCUGGAGCCCUCCCUGGAGCCCUUCCUCCGGCAGUUCCCCAAGGAGCCGCUGGAGCCGCUGCCCCCCAGCCCGUCCCGGCCAGCGCAGCCCCUGCAGUUCCCCUUCCAGACUGGAGACGUGCCCGGGCCGGGCUCUGGCGAGCAGUGCCAGCUGCCCCAGGGCUCUGCAGCCCUGCCCGAGGGCUCGGCAGAGGCACAGCCCAGCUACGACCCCCUGCCCCUGGCAGAGCUGCCCGGACUCUUCGACUGUGAGAUGAUGGAGGCUGUGGAUCCCCAGCACGGGGGAUACGUCCUGGUCAACUAGCACGCAGUGGGAGGACAAAUGGAGAGAAGCAUGUGAAGUUUUGGUUGGGUUGUUUUUGGUUUUUUGGUUGUUUUCUUUUUUUUUUUUUUUCGUUCCUACCCACUCCUGGGAUUCGUGGGAGUUUUUCGACCCUUGAAUCGACAGGGGAACUGCAAAAAAUCCACCUGGCUGGAAGACAAAUUAAAAAUAAAAAAGAAGGCAGGAGGUGUUUGGCCCCAGUGGCAGGGGCUGGAGAACAGCGAGUGCAGCUUCAUCCCACAAAGUCUGCGUAGAAGGAGGCAAAAAAGGUGAAUUUCAGAAGAAGGAAAUAGCCCCUUCUAAAAAAAUCCGGGGAGUUUGUCAGCAUCCAUCCAACAUGCACUUGGAGAGGAGAGUGAGUGCACACUGAUCACACUUCUUGGCAAUAAAAGCAAUAGUUUCCAUUGAAAUUCAGGGUAGAUUCGGGUCUGCGCUGAUGGCAACUGAAAUCCUCUGGAGAACAGGAGCACGAGGUGGAAUUGAAGGGAAGUUGCACUUUGGUUGAGCUCCUGGUCUGGAGCUCCUCCAGAGCGUCUCAGGCAGCCUCCACUUCCUCCUGCUGGCACUAAACAGGAUUUCCCAGCCUGCCAAGGAGCUCUUCACUGCCUGCUGAAGGAAUCUGGAGCAAAGGACACCCUGACUUUGUCAAAAUUCCGUGUGGAGAGACCUCUGGGUGGGGAUGGGAAUUCUGGAGCAUCAACAGAAGGUAAGAGAGCCAUGAGAGAGAGAGCAAGAGCUGCAGGAAAUGGCAUUAAAAAUAAUAAAAUCCACCUGGGUGGCUUUUAAAAAUCACCCCCUUUUGCAGGAGGGUUUUGUCCUGGAGAAGUUCUGCUCGCUGGAAAGGAUCCACCCGUCCCUGGGUUGCAUUUUACAAAAAAAACAAAAAAACAAAAAACAAGCAAACAAAACUGUGUUUUGAAUUUGCAGUAUGUGUUGCUGGUGGUUUCUUGAGCUUUGUAUAUUUGGACAAUUAUUUAGGGUUUUAGAACUUUAAGGAUAAAAAACAAUGAGCUUAUAAAAAGUUAAAAAAACACCCCUGUGAAGUGAUAGUGCUGUGCCUUUUUCAGUUCUUUAUCAGCCUAUAUGCUUUUUUCUGAAGAAAGUAGACAAUACCCCAUUUAUAUCCCUGCUGUGGCCAAAGUCCCUUCAGAGCACACGUCCCACCGUGUGGGACAUGUUUUAACUUUUCUCAGUGUUUGAGUGGCUCGUGUAUAUAGGACACUGAAAGUAUCACAGCAAUACUCCAGCAUCAACCUGUGGAUGUGCCCACCGUUUCCAGGGAUGCUCCAGCUCCGGCAGGAGCUGCGUCUCCAGAACUUUCCAGUCAUAAAAUCCAAAUCAUAGGAGGGGGACGGCUCAGGGAGCUGCAGGAAGCUGAGGACUCCAGUUGGAAAUGGUGUGGGCCAGGCCAGUGGGCAGCUGGCCAGGCCAGCCCAUUCCUGAGCAAACAUUAAGCACAAUUGCAGCUUCAUCAAAGCACAAAGAGCCAGAGGAACUGUGCUGAUCACACCAGAGUUUGCUGGAAGGUUUGGUCUCUGAUACUGCCAAUCCUGAGGGCGCAGGGAGGAGGAUAAUCAGCGUUUACAGCAAUAAGACCACAUUAAAACAUGGAAAAGGAGGAGUUUAGGCACUGUGUGUGAAGGGAGGAAGGGUUUGACACAGGAAGGGUCCUGUGUGCUCAGGCAGAGGCAGCUCCUGUUCUCCGGAGCCUGCUCUGACACUGGCCCAGCCCAGAAGUGCUCAGCUUCUACCUCUGCUGUCACAGGGAUUCUCGAGGCAGCAGCAAAGGAGAGUUUAAGGGGCAGGGAUGAUGAGAUAAAGAUGGCCUGAAAGCUCUGCUUUCCACAGCUGAGAGAAAAGGAUUUUGUUGUGUGGUUUCCCUUCCGAAGGAAAUCUGACACAGCGGAACGCACAAACCCAGUGACAGCCAGGGAAACAGCCUGACAAAAACUGCAGCAGAACAGGGCAGGAACCGAGGGGGACACAGUCCUGUCCUUCCACUCCUCCUUCCCCAUCCCACAGCAUCACCCACAUGUUCUGGGGUGUGAAAUCCAUCCCAGCACUCGGAACUGGGCAGUGCACGCUGAUUCCAGCACACCCAGCACUCUGCAGGCUGCCCCAGUGCUGCUCCAGGAGCUGGGGGACUGCCAGAACAAGAACCACUUCCUUCCCCAUCCAGCUCCAGGAUCCUGCGCCUUUCAGGACUCAAAAGAUAAAAAUAAUUCCGUUCUGGAGUUCUGCAAUUCAUUUAUCAGGAUGUGCCAACCAGUCUGAGCUCCUCUGAGCUUUGCAGUGCUGGGCAGGGGGAAGCUGCAGUAUUUUUUAAUGUAGUUUAGACUGACUCUUUCCCCUCAGCCAAAAGCAUAUUUAACAUUUCAUGUAAUUUCCUUUAAGCCAAUUAGGACUAAAAGGCUUCUGAAGCCUUCUCUUACAGAGAGGAUCCAUUGGGCACCACUUCCCACUCCUUUGAAGUGGCUUUUUUGUUCCAAUCUGUUCUGUUCUAACAUUAGAGAACUGUGUACACUACUGUUAGAGUAAUUAUUAGCUUUAUUAUCUUGUACUACAGCCUCCUUUGAAGAGACUUUGGUGUGAUGUAUAUGGGGUACAAAUUUCAUACGGAGAAAAGUGCAAUAUGUGUGUGUGUGGUAUGUUCUUUAAUGUAUUUUUUUAAGGAUUUAGAGGGUUUAGUCUCUGCUUUGGGAUAAAUGCACUAGUUUUGUGAGCUCCAGUUUGGCAAGUUCAUCUGUAGUAUUUACAUGCAACUGAUCUGCUGGACUCUGUAAAGCAGUUACAGUGUAUUAAUACAAAAUAAAGAAUAUGUGCAUUUCAUUUUUUAAAUUUCUAGUGAGCUAAA